AUGUACGGCUUCGCCGUGCGCCUGACGCGAAGCUUGACGACGGUUUCCGCGCCGAAAGCGUUCCAAGACGUCGCGACGACGACGACGACGACGACGGCGUACGCGGACGUCUGUCGGAACCUGUGGCGCCGGGACGAAGUCGUUGACGUGCGCGUGCACGCGCUCGCGGAGGAUUACGAGGCGUCGAGCGUGAAUUUUCACGCGGAGACGCCGCUGUGGGGGACGACGGCGCCGCUGGCGUCGGCGACGCGCGACGUCGAGUUGGAUCUCGGGGUCGCGCUCGUGGACGCGGUGGCGAGAAACGUGAGCGUGAAAUUGCACGCGAUCGUUUCGCGUUUAGGCGCGUCGCUGGAUCCGGCGGACGAGGGGUACGACGAUGGGGACGUUUUGCGAGUGUCUUUCGACGCGACGAUUUGGCGAAGACGAAGAGUCGCGCGAAGGAGGAAGCUCUUGGGCGAGGAUUCGGCGCGGGCGGAGCCGCGCGAGGACGGGACGGAGGGGUUGGAAGAUGGGAUGGAGUAUUAUCAGGCGUAUUAUAAACCCAACGCGACGUUGACCGUGGUGGAUGAUUUCGCGGCGUAUCGCGGGGCGACGAUUCCAGACAUCCUGGCGAGGCGAAUGCGAUUUUCGGACGAGCGGCGGUCGGGAUACUAUCCCACGGUGUAUUUUAACGAGUUUUGGAUCAUCAAGAGCCAUCUGCGCGAGCUGAACGAAACGAGCGCGCGCGAGAUGAAGAUAAACUUGAACCUCGAGACGAUUUCUCAGUUUCGUUGGCAGAUGGAAGAGUCCAUGGAGCAGACGUGGUCGACGCAACGCGCGUUCGGCGCGGCGGGAGAACACGACGCGGACAACAUGAAGCGCGUGUUUCUCGAAGGAAAUCCGACGUUGCUCGCGGUGACGACAGUUGUGAGUUUGCUACACACGAUAUUUGAUUUCUUUGCAUUCAAACACGACGUGCAGUUUUGGCGAAAUCGCAAAAGUCUCGAAGGAUUGUCCGCUCGAAGCGUUCUUUUGAACGCCUUUUGUCAGCUCGUCAUCUUUUUGUACCUGUGCGACAACGAAACGUCGUGGAUGAUACUUAUUUCCAGUGGUUUGGGCGUCGUUAUUGAGUUUUGGAAGGUGACGCGCGCGAUGGACGUCUCUGUUGAUCGAGACGGACGCUUUCCGCGGCUUCGCGUCGCCGACAAGGCGAGCGCGCUCAAGAGCGACACCGCUCGACACGACGCGGACGCCAUGCGCUAUUUGUCGUACGCGCUAUAUCCACUCGUGGGAGUAUACGCCGUGUACAGCCUGCGCACGCACGAACACAAAGGUUGGUGGUCGUUCGUCCUGAGUACGCUCGUCGGGGCUGUCUAUACUUUUGGUUUCAUCAGCAUGACGCCUCAGCUGUACGUCAACUACAAACUCAAGAGCGUCGCCGCUAUGCCGUGGAAACAGAUGGGCUACAAGUUCCUAAACACCAUCAUCGACGACUUAUUCGCCUUCGUCAUCAAGAUGCCCACACUUCACCGCAUUUCCGUCUUCAGAGACGACGUCAUCUUCCUCUUAUUCUUGUAUCAGAGACGCGUCUAUCGCGUCGACGAAACUCGCGCGAAUGAAUUCGGCUACGUCGCCGACGCCGGCGCCGAAGACGAGAGUAAGAAGGACGAUGCGACCGAAAACGAGAGUAAGAAGGAGCGAUGA